AUGUGGCCCCACCAGGCCCAGAUGCGGACACACGCCACGCCAUGUGUGCGUAAAGCCCACGUGGAGUGGAUGCUGGAGGUAUUGCGGAGGAGGUGUUCCCUCAGGCGCUUCUGGCGACUGGCCUCCAAGAUGAGAGACUCCCUUCCCAUCUGUCUCAAAAGUCUAUGCAUCUACUCUGACAACUCCAUUUCUGUGUCUGACAUCCUGGUAAACCACUGUCAUUCGCAGCAGUGGGAGGUGUCAGUAGUGUCCAGUUUGGACUGGUGUCUGGCCUCAGUGGUUCCCUCUGAUUUCCUGGAGCCAAUUCUUCAGCUUCUUCCCUGCAUUCGGCCCCAGCAUGUGCGCAGACGCGUGCGCUGCUACAUUGCUCUGGCAGCAAUAGAUGACCAGCUGUCAAUGUUCCUGCCCUCCACUGUGGCCUGUGCAUGUGUCUGCAGUGCAGCACAGAAGCUGAACGUGGAUCCUGCCACCUCACCUGACUGCAUGAUGGAGUUCCUCGCUGACCGUCUGGUCAAUGAUCUGCCAGCGACCUCCAUCCAAAAGAUGAGACUGAAGAAGAAUGUGCCGAGUCUGCUGUUGACCUUUGGUUUUCUGUCAAUCUGAUCCCUAUCAGGAAUCAAUCGCCAGCUGUUAUGAACGACUCCAGAGCGCGCUGGACCUCAACCUUCCCUCAUUCACUGAAUCGAAUGUUUGCAGGUCAGCCUCUGUUGACAAGCUCCAGGGUUUGAGACCAGAAGAUGAACCGUUUUAACAAACAAAAGUAGGAUGAUUCUUUCACUUGGUGAAAGGCGUUUAAACACAGUUGGCUUUUUUUUUAUUGCGGUGUAUCAAUAACUGAUCCUUUAGUUACCAUGUGUAACACCGAUGUUGUGAAAGAAACAAAACAUCAGUGGAGAGAAUUGUUUUAAUGUCAUCCAGGUCAUUGCAGCGCCGUCGUUCACACAGUCAUAAGAUGGCGAAGCUGGUAACUUUGGCAUGCAAACACAAUGGCUGAGAAAAGAAAUAAACACUCCCAGACAUGAAACCAUGCUUUUGCUCAUCUUUAAACAACCCUCUGGCUCCAUGAAUCAAAAACUACAAACUGUCUUUGACUGGUGCAGAUCUGCGCUGCAGUUCCCAAAUGGCCUCAUCCCUCCUGCAAGUUCAAUAGUGUUACAUAAUGCCAAUAA